GACUUGUUGGGUCCGUGAUGGCACACCGAAGCUGAGACGCCGUGUAACCACCAAUUUUCAUACGAGUUAUGCGCAAAGCCUCAUCACUUUGCAUAUCUACCAUCUUCCAAUCCGCUGGCAAUAGUCCUUCGAGUGAGUUCUUUUGGCUUUUGGUACUCCAAUAGGUACUUAUGUCUCCGAGAGUCAAACCAAUUGGCCGACUUGGCCUUCUUACCUGGAAAGAUACUUUGCCGUGGCAGAGGGACAAUGACUUCAUUCUUACUAGCUACAGACACGCAUCAUAUUCUUACCUGAAAUCUCUCGCGAGUCUCUUUGCUAUUCAUAAUGAGUCAGCAAACAUCUGGUCACAUCUCCUCGGUGCCAUAUUCUUCGCACAAGUAUUAUAUCGAUAUUUCGAAAUGGGUGUGAAUAGCGGGGAGACCAAGACCCAAGAUAUCAUCGCAUUAAGUGUCUACAAUUUCAGUGUGACGGCCUGCUUCAUUCUGUCAACGAUAUUCCAUACAUUCUCCGACCACAGUCAGGAGAUGCAUAAAUUUGGCAACGAACUCGAUCACUUAGGCAUAGUGCUUGUGAUGUGGGGAACUGGGAUUUCUGGCACUUACUUCGCCUUUUAUUGCGACGGGUUCCUUCGCAAUACCUACUUCGCCAUCCUGUCCAGUACUGCGCUAGGUUGUGGUAUCUUCACGCUGCGCCCCGAGUUUAGGAAGCCGGCGUAUAGGACCACCCGAUUUCUGAUGUAUUGCUUCCUCGGAGCAAGCCUUUUUGCUCCCGUCGUCCAUGGGUUAUUCAGGUUCGGGAGAGAAGAACUAGAGCACGCGAUGGAAUUGUGGUCGUUUCUCGGACUUGCUCUUAUUAACUUUACUGGAGCUGCGGUGUAUGCUAUGAGAAUACCUGAGCGGUGGUUUCCUGGUACAUUCGACUUACUCGGCCAGAGCCAUAACUGGAUGCAUGUCUUGGUACUAACGGGGGCGGUGGUGAGGUUGGAAGGACUUCUAACAGUCACUGCCCGGUGGCAGUUGUAUGGGUUAUGUCCAGGUACAUCCUAGAGAGGUUACAUGAUUAAAUUAAAGCCAACGGUUCUAAAUGAUCACAAAGAUAUGCGCAGUCCAUGGGAGUAACAUUGUUGAAGUGAAUGUACAUUCUGAUAUAAACAACCUAUCAUA